AUGCGGUUGGCGGCCCUCCUCUGCCUCCUGGCCACUGUAGUUGCAACAUCGCCUGAAGUCAAUUUUCCUCUGAACUUGCAAUUACCACCUGUCGCACGGGUUGGCAAACCGUACAAUUUCCAAUUCUCCGCGAACACAUUUCAACCAGAUCCAGACCAACUCGUCUACUCAAUAGCUGGUGGUCCUUCGUGGCUACAUAUUCAUAGCGAGAACAGAACGCUUUGGGGUACUCCAGGAGCACAAGAUGCUGGAACGGCGAAAUUCACGAUCGUUGCAGCCGGUGAAGCUGGUCUAGUAGCCAAUAUGGAUACGCAACUGCCUAUCGAGAAAGAUGACGGGCCCAGGGCGGAUGGGGACAUCUCGCAAGCACUCUCGAAGUUAGGUCAACUUUCGGGACCCCAAAACAUUACUCUUUUGCCUUCGAAGCCAUUCGAGUUCGUCCUAGGUCAGGAUCUUUUCGAGGCGAAUGGCAAAAAGUUAUUUUACUACGCCACUCUUGCGGACCACACGCCGCUACCCUCUUGGAUCAGCUUCGAUGCGCAAAGAUUGCGCUUUGCAGGAACAACACCUUCAUCAGUUAACCCGCAGACAUUCGAGGUCCUUCUCAUCGCUUCUGAUACACCCGACUUUGCGGCCGCGUCCACAUCUUUCACUAUAGUCGUGAGCAACCACCUGUUACUUUUCAAGCCGUUAAUGCAGACCUUGAAUGUGACAAAGGGGCAAGGUGUCGAUGUCACAGGUUUGAAAGGCAUGUUGUAUUUGGACAAUGCGCCUAUUCGCGAUGACGAUAUCCAAUCCGCCAGUGUCAAUGGACCGAAAUGGUUGUCAUUCGAUGACCACUCCUUCGACAUCAGCGGAACUCCUCCUUCUGGUCUCAUGUCCCAAGACAUCUCAGUCGUAGUGAAAGACAAAUUUGGAGGCUCCGCGGAGCAUACAAUCCAUCUCGCGUUCACUUCUCAAUUGUUCAUGGGAGAGAUUGGCCACUUGAACGUCACCCCUGGUGUCUACUUCGACCAUCAAAUAUCGAAAUCGAUCUUGUCACUGGACAAUGAGACAGCUUCAAUGGAAUUCGGUAAACUCAACAAGUGGCUCAGUUUUGAUUCAGGUAAUUUGAUUGUGUCGGGCAUUUUACCAGAGGAUACCGCAGCCUGUACGGUGGAAGGAUACCUAACGGCAACAUCAUCAGAUGGCAAAACAAAAGACACGCAAGCGUUUCAGAUUGAUGUGUUAGGUACCGAUGCGGGUAACCCCUCCAAUUCUCUGAAUUCGGACACUGAGGAUAACAAAUCUGGUGGCACGGACACUAAGGGCUCCUCGAAGAAGAAGACUGGUAUAAUCGUCGGUGCUGUCCUAUCGUCACUGUUUGCCGCAGCUAUAUUCAUCCUUCUCUUCUUGUCAUUCUGUCGCCGGCGGAAAAACAACGAGCAGGGUUACAUCAGCCCCGGUGCUCCCGGCAGUCCGCGCAAGAAAGACAUCUCGCGUCCGAUUCCCAUCGCUACAGGGAUAGGAGACAUUGACAGAGCAGAGUAUGAGGAUCUCGAGAAAGGGAAAAUGGAAGACUCUCCUCCUCGAACUCUUGAGCGUCCUCCUCAACUUCACCUUCUCCCGCUGCCCCUGAUGAAGAGAGGCGUUUACGCUCACUCACGCGACACAUCUCUGAAUGAUCGGGACGACAAUCUCCUCACGACGUUGCACGAAUCGUUCAACUUCAAGGCGGAAAAUGAGCCUAUACACCAUCCCGCAACCUCAAUGCAGAUACCAACCGACAUGUUACGAAGGAAAUCGGCAGGUUCACCCGAUCUACAGCGAAAAAGUACACAUGACGCUUCAAAAGCAAAACGCCGUAGCUCUGGUUUCCCAGUCACUCAACGCUCUACACGUCGAAGUCACGCGCAAUCAGCAUCGCGCGGGACAGAUGCCUCUGCCGCACAGCGGACUUUAAGUUCAUGUUCGCAGACUACCGCAUUGUCAACUGUUCCAUCUGCAUUCCCUCAGCCAUCGAAAGCGCGUCAUACCAUGCAAUUCACGACCCCACUUGAGAAGCGCCAGAGCAUCCGACCAGUCGUUCCAUCCAUUUACGAAAGUCCUGAGCGAGUGGAUCGCUUGCUCGACCGUCGAACAAUCGACGAAAAGCGCCAUAGCUACAUUCGAAAACGCGCUUCCGCUCAGCAGUCUCCCCUCUUCGCCGGCUCCCGCGUCUCAUCAUCCAAUUACAAUUCUCCUCCUGGCUUCAUUGGUGAUCCGGAUAUGGCGCAAAAGACUCCCUUGAAGGCGAUGUCUCCUAAUAUAUUUAAGGCGAAUGACACUGUUCGCGGCCCGGACAGCGACCUCCCCGAAAGCCUCCGCAUUCGAAAGCCCGCCGAUACGCCGUCGCCAGCUACGAUCCACUUCGACAUUUCGAAAAGUCUGAGGAAGAAUAGACCAUCGAACGGUUUCGGGCGAAGACAUACAGACAUUUCCUCGGCGAAAAGUAGUGAUGUAAUUGAGCCCCCGCCGCGGUCUAAACUUCGACCAGGAACCGCUGUGUAUCAGCCAACAGGCAUGAGCAGUCAAACAUCCACACAGUCAAGCCUGCAUGGUCCAAUGAUCAGAGACAAGUUGAACAAGACGCUGGGCGAACAAGUCUUCAAGGAUGCCGAACUGAGUGAGAGCAACUACUCCAGCGAAGAAGACGACAUAAUAGACGCGGAGCGGCGUCACACACUCAAGCCAAGCAACUCGGUCAGGAACUGGAUCGGUCCACUGAAGAUUGAGAAGAUCGAUGGGAAGGUUGAACGCGACAGCAAGCGCAAAAGCAAAAGAAACAGUAAGAGGAACAGCAAAGCUCUCAAACGCGCAAGUGAACGCGAUCCCACACCCUUCUACCGCCCCGAUCGCCUCGAACACGGCGGUAAGGAGAACAUCGACUCCUCCCUAUACAGCCUGGCCGACAAGUCUGUAAAGACAUCUACAACAGCGGAGUCUAGACAUGAACGAACAUCGGCCUCAUCCCCAACCCGCCCGAAAACCUCCAUAGGCAACCGCUCCAAGAUACGCUCUGGUAACCUCUACCGCACGGUCACCCGCUCUCCAUCCAACCGCACCAGCACCGCCUCCUCUCACCCUCUCCCAUCUUCGACCAACGAACGCCACUCCCGCAAGUCUCUGCACUCACGCUCCCAGUCCCAACAAUCCGCCUCCCACCGCCCUAAACGGCACUCCCGCUCGCGCACGCAAUCAGGCGCCUACCCCCGCUGGGCAGAUAUCCGGGAGUCUGCCAAGGCAACCUCGUGCAGCAGCACGAGUACCACGCGCCUGCGGCGCGACGGCGACACCAUGGAGUCCACCACUACCGGACGAGACGGUGCCAGAAACGUCGGGUAUGGCGAGGACGAGGCGCCGUGCAUCGAAGAGCUGCGAAGGGAAAGCAUUGGGAUAGGCAUUGGCGGGCCGGCUUCACCGCGGCAUUCUAGACUCGUACACAUGCAGUCCUCGCCGUUUUACCAUUCUAAAAGGGAUACCGCUACCCGUCCUUCAACGCCUGUGCAGUCUACCGCUGUGGGACUGGGGCUGUCGCUGUUGGAAGGAGGGCAUGCCGCGGAGGAUGCGACGCCGGGGCCUGAAAGCGCGAUCAAAGAAGGUAGGAUUAUGAGAGAGAGUGUGGUGGGUGGGAUGGGAUGGGAGAGGAGUCCGGAAAGGCUGAGGGUGGUGGAGGGGAAGGGAAGAGGCCGAUUGGUGUGGAGGUAG